AUGUUACGGCACGUUAGGACUCACCAUAAGGGUGAAAGUCCUGGUGAGGGCCUGACAAAUCCUGAUACAUCAGACGUCGAUAGACAAGGGACACGUGCACCGCCCUUGCUGCCGACUUGGACGGACUCAAAUAGCGCCAUCUCGUCCCAGCAACCGUCCAGAAUCUCUCAGCAUCAAGGCCGCUUCAACCCUGACCUUGCUGCGCCACAGUCCUUUGUUGGCGAGUCUCGAGGCGAUUCCUUCGCCCAAGGACACAACAUGCGGUUCCAGCAGGGUGCUGCUUGCUCUCUACCUGGCCCAGAUCAUACGCAGUCGAACAUUCUCCCUUUGACACCGCCGCUUGAAUCGGCGCAAGCCGCGGCUAGCCAAUUUGCACCCCAGUUCGCCUUCCCAGCCCGAGGAUUCGACGCGUUCAACGAUGAGGUGGACCCCAUGAGCUGGUUGUUGCAGGCUGAUUACAAUCUAAACAGUUUCAACGACCUUAUUUUUGGGUUCAAUAAUGAUCAGGUUGACAUGUCUCAAUUAAACAACGGUAACCCUCGAAUCUCGUUCGCAUCAGAGUUGCAUCCACCUCAAACUCGAGCUGACCGAAGUCAACGGAAGGUACCUGAUCUCCGACAUUGCUGGUAUACGCAGGUAUCCGCUACAGAUGGCCUGCAUGGCACAGCAUCGAGGAGCAUGAGCCCAGCGCCAAGUGAUGAUCAGUCGAAAGACAAUAUCGACGAAAAUUAUCGCGUUAGUGCUGCCUCGAAAUUGCGGCCGGAGCCGAGAACUGAGCCUUUACCUCCCAUCGACCUCCUCAACCUAUUCAUCCAUCUUUUCUUUACGCGGUUCAAUGUAAUUCUACCGCUAAUCCACGGUCCGACAUUCCAGCCUACGAGCGAGAAUGCGCUGUUGGUCCUAUCGAUUUGCUCUGCAGGAAGUCUUUGGUUCGGCUCGCAGGAAGCUACCAAUGCUGGAUCGAUGCUCUUUGAAAGAGUGAAUAAGGCCAUUCUCGAGUCACCCUGGGAAAAGUACAUCCUCAAAGAUUCCCGUGACAGUCUGAACAAACUGAAGGCAUCAGUGAUAGGGCAAACGUUUGGCCUACUAGCUGGAAACCCUGUGCAUUUGGAGACUGCCGGUGGUUACCAUGGGACUGUAAUCUCGGCAGCACGUCGCAUGAAAUUCUUCGAUGACAAGUCAGAACUGCCAGUUGAUGAAAACAUACCCGCUUCCCAGUUGAAUAAGGUGUGGAGAGCGUGGGCGAGAAGUGAAGAACGCAAAAGAAUGGCAGUUUCUCUUUACAUCCACGAUGCAGAGAUCGCGGACCUAUUUCACCACGAGCCUUUUCUUCGACAUAGCUCAAGCCGUUUACCACCAUUAUCAUCUACCGAGCUUUUCAACGCACCGUCUGCGGAGACCUGGUAUACAAGACUGAAAGCCGAACGAGAAGAGAGUGCGAAUUUCAAUGCAAAUACUCAAGGUAGUGGUUCACUACACGGACAGAACGGUAGUGGAGACCUGGAUGUUAGGCUUAGCCGCCCAAUCGCAUCACCUUCCAUGGUGGAAAUUUACUCGACACUCUCGGGCAUUGGUGCAUCAAUCGCCGCCAGUCAUCGUCUCAAUUCUCUGACCGUCGAGUCUCAAGCACAGUACGAAGCAGAGCUUCUGGCAUGGUAUGACGAGACUGCCAAAAUGUCUCAUAAAUGGGCCCUACCAGAGAGCGGAACGUCUCAACUGACUCUCAAUGUCCUGGCACUAUGGCACUACACAUGGAUGGCCCUGAAUGUCGACCUGAACAUCCUCGAGUUGGCUGUUGGCCGAGAGGGCUCGGUCGUAUCCGAAUCGACGAUCGACUAUGUUGAUGCCUGGGUGAGAUCCGACGAAUCGUUACGGUGUCUUCUCCAUGCCUGGUUGUUACAAGAUUGCAUGGUUCGUAUGCCUGCCGGACCAGUUGUCGCACUUCACGUGCCACGUAUACUCUUUUCAGCAGCAGUGGUCUGGCACUGUUACAUCUUAUACCGCCCCAAACCCCUUCCUGCCACUUCCAGAAAUCUCAGUAUCGACAGCAGUCGCCUUGGAUACAUCCUUGCUCUCCCUGAAGUUCAAAUGAUGGCUCGCGAACGUGAGCAAUCACCAUCAUGGGCGGUUGCCUGGAGUGGAGCCACAGGGUCUCGCCUUAUUCACGAUAACAUAGCACGACUCCAAGAUACUCUUGGCUCUAUCCUCACGCAGAUAAAACGGCAGACGUUGUACACCUUAGCGGAUAUUCUUCGUCGUUCGGCGUCGUAUGGAAUCGCUAGUAGGAUGGCUGAUAUCGUCGAGGCGUUUCUGUCUCACGGCAUGGAUGGGGUCAAUGAUAGCUCUUGA